AUGGAUAUCUCCCCAGUUUCCAUCCGUCACUCCACCAUAAUCGGCCCACGUGCCGCCGACUCCACCUCCCUGCGCCCCGGCUAUCCCGAUUGGGUCUUACUCAACAAGACAGCGCGCAUCUCCGACCACCGGAACGCGACCACCGCCUUGUGCCGCACGAGGGAGGGCCAAGCCGUCGCGGUGUCCUUCUGGCUCGUCGACCCGCCCGCCGUCUCCUACUUCUCCGUCCACUGCCCUGGUCUGGAAGACGACGAUUUCUCCGACACCCCGCCCUUCCUUCUCUGCGCCGAGGGAGCCUUCGUCCUCUUCUGCGUCACCCUCGAUGACUCCGUCCACCACUUCGUCUACUCCGCCCGAGGAAUCCCCGGCGGGAGGCCGUCGCUGCACCGUCUCCCGGCCCCGAAACCCACGGUCGAAGCCUUCAUGAGCCAGCAAUUUGGCCUCUUGCCUUGCGGUAACGAGCACUAUGUUGUUGCCUUUCUCCAUCAUCAGUGGGAAUCUAGUGACCAGGCUUGGCAUUAUUAUGCGUACAUCUUCUCCUGCGAGACAAAGACAUGGAAGAGAAGUAAGGAGGCCUUGCUCUGCUUAUCCAAGUCUGAUCAGUUAUUGUUUGAUAGACAUGCCAGCUCCAAGCAGAUCACUGUCGGGGAAAGCUCAUUGGGAUGGGUUGAUCUCUUGCGUGGUAUUCUUCUUCUUAGCAACCUGUUCGACGAGCGUCCUGUCAUCACAUACAUACCGUUACCUAAAGUAAAAGCUUGCAUCACCGAUAGGAAUGGUUAUCCUUCCUACGCGCCGGAAUUCUUCUGCGAUAUAACAUGCUGCGAUGAUCUGAUCAAGUUUGUCGACAUAAAAUUCGAUGAACCUAAUUGCAGGGCCAAUGGUCAAGCAUGGAAGGCCACCACAUGGAACAGGAAGGUCUCUUGGGAUGAUUGGGGCAGGUGCUCCACAACUGAUGUUGCUGAAAUCUCGGUUGACCCAAGUUAUUUGUCAUUGUUGCCCGAGCUUUUGAAUGAUGAGACCAAACAGCUGGAAAUUAAGAACCUGUAUUUCCUUAACCCCACCCUGAGUGUGGACGACGACGAUCUCCUUUACAUGAUGGGCAAGGUGAACGAGGAAGACGACACAGCUUGGGUAGUCGUUGUUGACAUGAAACGUGCGGCUCUGGAGGCAUUGGUCCCGGUUUCUACCCAACCGUCAUACGCCGUUACGAUGUACUGUCCGUGCACCUUCCCCAAGUACUACCUCAAUAUAACACCAGACAUUGGCAGUCCAGUUGAGAAGGAUAAAUCCGAUAAAUGGCCGCAAGGGAGACCCAGCCCCAAUAACUCUGGAGGAAGUGUGCAGAUGAAGAGGAGGAGGAAGAAGAAGAAGCAGUAUGUUCAGGGCCGUACUGAUGAAGCUAUGUAUCUAGGGUAG